GGCAGACAGCUUUACAUGCCCGCCAUGGGACGGGAGGAAGAUCGAUGCGGCCAAAAGAGGGCAGCUUCCGCGAGAUCUUGAUAUGUGUGAACUGUGAAAAACCGCAGACACCGCGCGCGUCUGCUAGCUUAGCUCAUCACCACAGCCAGCAGAAGCCCACCGCCCUCCAUCCAAUUCAUUCUCCCUUCUUCCCAAAUCAGCUGCCCUGGCUGCAAGUUAGCCAGAAACGAAAGCUAGCCUGGCCAUCUGAGAUUGACCGAUCUCAUGCCGCAACUUUACCGGUUCAUCUGAGAUCGACCGCCAGGCAUCCAUCCAUCCAUCGAUCAAUUCCAUGGCCAUGGAGAGCGACAGCAAGUCCGCCGUCUGCUGCAUGUGCGGCGACCACGGCCUGCUGCCCGAGCUGUUCCGCUGCGCCGCCUGCUCCGUCCGCUCCCAGCACACGUACUGCACGGACCGGUACCCGAAGGCGGAGGCCUACGGAACAUGCAACUGGUGCCUGAAGACAGGACAAUCAGCAACAGGCAACGCCGCUCCUAGCAUCCCGGCGAGUUCCACGCUCGAAGCGAUCGCCGCCCGGCCGCCGGGCGCCGCUCACGGCAGCGAUCCGACGACCUGCAGCAGAUUGAUGCCACCGCCGGCGAACAAGGUCGUCGUCGCUGCUCGCGGUGACUUUGCCGCGGAGCUGAACAAGCCUAUCAAGAAGCAGCAGCUCCAGCAGCAACGGCGGAAGCUCCUGCUGCGGCGGUCGGCUUCGGAUCUGGGCAGUGGCCGCGGAGGCGCUGGGCCGCCGUCUCCUGGAGUCGUCGCGCGGGGAAGGCCGAGGGUUCGGAGGUAUAAGCUCUUGGAAGAGGUGAUCAGCAGCUAAGCUUCGCGAUUUAGUGCAACUGUGCUGUGCAAGAGCUAUAGGGUGCGGGGUUUAAUUUUGGUGAUGACAGCGUGAUCGAGUCCGCGCCGUUCACUGUAUUUAGUAAUCUAGGCAUGCAUGUACAUAAGUGCAGACGCGCGUGUGCGAGCAAAUGCUGCGGUGGAGUUCUGAGUCCUGGAGGGUACGUGUACGUGUCAUGUGUAACAUGCUGAGCAAAUGUGACUCAUGCUGAGUCAAGAGCUCCAUACAUGCGCUAGCCAACGCAAUGAAAAGACCAAUCUGACGAAGGGACUAAUCAAUCCACUUAUAUUUCAACA